CUCAUUUCCAACUUUGCAUCCCCAAACCGGUGAUUUCACCCACUCCCGUCCUCUUUCCCAAAAUCAAGCGAUCCAACCACCUCACAAACUUCUGCACCCCGUUUUCCACCCUGCAACCUUCUCGCAAGGAUCGUCACGUCAGCAAUCCUGCCGACCAUCUUCUAGAUUCCACGAGAUACCUGUCCACUCGUCAAAAUGGGUCACGAAGAUGCUGUUUACCUGGCCAAGCUGGCCGAGCAGGCCGAGCGCUAUGAAGAGAUGGUCGAGAACAUGAAGGUCGUCGCCUCUGAGGACCGUGAUCUCUCGGUCGAGGAGCGGAACCUGCUGUCGGUCGCCUACAAGAACGUCAUUGGCGCCCGUCGCGCGUCGUGGAGGAUUGUCACCUCGAUCGAGCAGAAGGAGGAGUCGAAGGGCAACACCGCCCAGGUCGCUCUUAUCAAGGAGUACCGCCAGAAGAUCGAGGGCGAGCUCGCCACCAUCUGCGAGGACAUCCUCGGCGUUCUGGACAAGCAUCUCAUCCCCUCCGCUAAGACCGGCGAGUCCAAGGUGUUCUACCACAAGAUGAAGGGUGACUACCACCGCUACCUGGCCGAGUUCGCCGUUGGCGAGCGGCGCAAGGAUUCGGCCGACAAGUCGCUCGAGGCCUACAAGGCUGCCACCGAGGUUGCCCAGACCGAGCUGCCGCCCACUCACCCCAUCCGCCUUGGCCUUGCCCUCAACUUCUCCGUCUUUUACUACGAGAUCCUCAACGCUCCUGACCAGGCCUGCCAUCUCGCCAAGCAGGCUUUCGAUGAUGCCAUUGCUGAGUUGGACACAUUGAGCGAGGAGAGCUACAAGGACAGCACCCUGAUCAUGCAGCUCCUGCGCGACAACCUGACCCUCUGGACCUCGUCCGAGGCCGAGCCUCCGGCUGCCGCCGGCGCUGCCGACGCGCCCCAGCAGGAGGAGCCGAAGCCGGAGGCGGCUGCGGAGGAGCCCAAGGCCGAAUAAGCGGCUGUAUUCAUGUUCCUGGUUUCUCGGUAGUGACUACCCCGGUUUAUCUUGGCAACUCCCCUGGCGGAAACGGUGUCUUUGGAGCGCGGACUGGAGAUCCCUCGUACCUUUGCAUGCUUAAGGCAGAUACACAGGAAGACUUGGUGGGCGGUUUAUUGCGGCAGUUGAGGGCUAGAUUGCGGCUUUGUGGAGGGGGCCUUUUUCCUUUCUCAGACUGCCUGCUUCUUAGACUCCUGACUCGCGAAGAUCGUCCGGACCAGAAAAUAAACCCCGUUCACACA